AUGGCACCACUACUACGAGUGGCAUCGGCUAUAGUUCUCACCACCCAAACCAUUCUCAAAAACAAUAGAACCACCAUAUGCUCUCGACGCAACAGCGGCCUUACAAUCACUGAUCCUCUUGUCAUUUAUCAAAAUUAUGUUUCCCAAGGCAUCCUUAAAAGUGACGUUGCCCAGCUACGGGCCGCUAAAGAAUUCCAAAGCUUAUAUUACAGGUUAAAAGAUUACACUCCUCCCAAAAAAGCGGAGAUUGAACUACGGAUUCUCAUCAGAGACAUCGAGACGAGAUCUAAUGGUAAUCGGUAUAUUGAAGGGUUUACCCCGACGUGGUGGAAGGACAGACAAUCCAGAUCGGCAUCUAAAAAACUCGUCAAAGUCUUGAGCAGUGAGGAAGAACUCGAGAAUUUGCCAAUCCCCAAAGGUUUCUUGUUGAAUGGUGAAGUCGGCUGCGGGAAAUCAAUGUUGAUGGAUAUGUUUGCUGAUAGCCUCCCAUACGCGUCCAAGGGGAGAUGGCAUUAUCAUAAUUUCAUGCUCUGGGUGUACGACCAAAUCAGUAUUAUUCAAAAGCGAAGAAACUCCUCCAACAAGUAUACCAACCAUUCGAUCUUGGGGUUUGAAAACGAGGUGAUCUUAUUUGAGAUCGCAUCGAAUAUGGUCAAUAAGAAUACCGUGCUAAUUCUUGAUGAGUUUGCAUUACCGGAUAUUGCGGCGGCGAAGAUCAUCAAAUUGUUAUUCACUUAUUUCUUCAAACUUGGAGGGAUAUUGGUGGCGACUUCCAAUCGAUUACCUGAGGAUUUGUACGCUAAAGAUUUCAGAAAGCGAGAAUUUAGAAGUUUUUUAGCGGUUUUGCAAAUGCGAUGCAAUAGUUUGGAUAUGAAUAGUGAUAAUGAUUAUCGAAAGAUUCUCAGUGUUGAGUCCCAAGAUAUUAUUACUCCACGGAUUGUGAUAAAGAAACAAAACGAUGAUCAUGAAAAUCAUUGGCAAGAAUCAAUACUUUCAGUGAUACGACAGGAUAAUGAUGGUGCCAAAGAUUAUGUCAAAGUUUAUGGCCGGGAAGUGAUGGUUCCAUGGCACCAUGAAGGAGUGGUGAAGUUUGAUUUCGAUUAUAUUUGCCGAGGAUUAUUUGGCCCGGCCGAUUACAUUUCAUUAGCUUGCAAAUAUCAUACGUUCAUUAUUGACAAUGUUCCGGUUUUUCAAGACUCGAUGAAGAGUGAAGCUCGCCGGUUCAUCACCUUGUUGGAUGCAUUGUACGAAUCCAAAUGCCAACUUGUCUUACGCAUCGAGGUUCCGUUGGAUAGGUUAUUUUUCCCUAAAGACCAAGGGUUAGAAGGCUCUAAUAUCAAACAAGUUCAAGAAGAGGAGAUGUAUUCCAAGACCCAAUUGGACUUGAUAUCACCUUACAGACCCAACGUAUCUAAUUAUGAUGAUGGGGAUUUGAAAUUCAAAGAUCAAUUAGCGGUGAAGAAUAAAGAAGAUAUCAAUUUUACCAAUACCAAAAGAUUCACCGGGGAAGAUGAAAAGUUUGCUUACAAACGUGCCGUUAGUCGUAUUGAAGAAAUGACCAAGCUGGAAUCAUGGAGAACCAUGAAGAAAUGGACUCCACUAAGCGAGGACUUGCGUACUUGGGAGGAUUCAUCGCGCAAGGAUGGUCUGCGGAUUCAUCAAGAUGAUAAGGAAAAAAGGUCUUUGAUAAACAGACGUCAGCAAAAUGCUCCAAAUAUUAAUGAUGCUCAUUUCUGGUCGAUUGGGCUUUGGGGUGAAGGGAAAAGAUUAACUGAUGCAUUUGCCAAAAAAUGGAUUAGAGGGGCCGGAGAAUGA